AUGAAGCUUUUGACUUUUAUAGCUGCAGCUGUGGUGAUAGCGUCUGCUGAUUUCCAAAGCUAUAACCCAGGAGGGCACGGUUUUGGAGGUUCAGGAGCAGGCUUUGGAGGAGGCUCAGGCUCAGGAUUUGGAGGAGGUUCGGGUUUUGUUUCAGGAGGAUGCGGUCCCGGACAGGUGUUCCAUGCUGGCAGAUGUGUCACUCCACGCGAGAACCGCAAAGUCUAUUUAUACAACGCACCACCCGCACCUUCAGUUCCCCACGGUCCUCCACCAUACAUCCCUGAGCCAACCAUUGACACGAAUAUCGUAUUCAUCCAAACACCCGAAGAAGGUCCGGGACCAGAUCCUAUCGUCAUACCUCCACCACAGACGCGAAGCGUUGUCUAUGUUCUUAACAAACAGACACAAGAGCAGCAGGAUGUGAUCGAAGUCCCAGCACCUCCAGCAACCAGCCCUGAAGUUUACUUCGUGAACUACGCUGAUGGCGAGAACCCAGUUCUUCCAAGCGGCGUUGAUCUUCAAAGCGCCUUGAAUGCAGCUUCCCAAGGGGGCGGUCAAGUGAUUGGAGGAGGGGCCGGAGCCAGCGGUGGAGGAAGCGGUGGUUUCGUAAGCAGCGGGGGGGAUUGGUGA